CCGCCAUGAUGUUCCCUCGUCCUGCUCGCAUCCCCUUCCGUCUCUCUCCCCUCUCCCUCCCGCGGCUGCUGUUCGCCAGGCAUGCGAGCAAGAACUCGAACCCAUGGCCCGACGUGCAGGGCUCUGCCGACGACCAGCCCAAGGUGCGGACGUGGAUGGGCAAGGCGUCCCGCAUAUCCAACUUCGUGAUCAUACCCACUGUCCUGCUUUACGCAGUGUUCUACGCCGACUUUGGAGAGCACGAACACGUCUUCCAGCCGCCGAGGCGAUGGCUUCAGACGCAGAAGGCGUCUUUCUUCUCGCUCUCCCCCGAGGAACAAAAGCUCGCCGGCAUCGCACCGGCGAAGCCAGCGCCUUCUGACGAUAGCGCGGGUGCUGAGCGAUCAUGAUUUCUCCGCAUCCCUCGGGGAUGUGCUAUCAGCAGCAUCAUCAAUUGGCAAUGCCACAUACCCUUGCUCUGAGCUAGCAC